AUGCUCAAAGAGGGCGACAUCUCAGACGAACAGCAAGAAAAAUGGAUCAGAGGACUUGCCUGUGGUUUGCAGUACGUGCAUGAGAACAAUGUCAUACACGCCGAUCUCAACUCUGCCAACGCUAUUAUCUCCAGAGAUGAUGUCGCCAUGUGGCUGGACUUUGGUGGCUCUCAAAUUGACGACCAAGAAGCAUUGGCAAACUAUGACGAGUACAGUUAUCGAUCACCAGAGUAUCCGGAUCCUCCUAUCGAGACAGGCGCUCCGCCGUUCUGGAACGAGACCAAGCACAUGUCCCAGGACGGAAGAAUGUCCUACGUCGAGGACAUGUAUCGCCAACGACUUUUUCCAUCCGCGGAAAAUCUACGCUUCGGCCCCAUAAUCAUGGGUUGUUGGCAGGGACGAUACGAGUCGAUGAGCGAUCUGGAACAAGAUUUGAAUAUCAUGGGUGUUCAGCGAUCCCGGCCACAGCAAUGA